AUGCUCAGAAUUGUCUUAAAGAGAUCCAAAAAGCCCUUACGUUGUCUUGAAAUCAGCAAUAGAAAUGGUCUUCACAAAGCAAUCUGUGAUGAAGAUGGCGAUAUAUACACUGGCUUAUGGAAAGACAACGAAAAACAUGGUUUUGGCAUUCAAGAAUCGAUAAAAGAUAAAAUAACCUAUAGAGGGUCUUGGAAAAAUGGAAGAAAACAUGGCGAAGGCCUUUUGUACAGAUCCAAUACUCUGUCCGAAUUCUUAUAUAAAGGAGAGUGGGAAAAGGAUAAAAGAAAUGGUCAAGGAAUAAAUUUUUAUGAGGAUGGUGGCAGAUAUGAAGGAGCAUGGAAGAAGGACAAAAGGCACGGUUGUGGUCAGAUGGAUUACAGCGAUGGCUCCAUUUAUGUAGGGUCCUGGAAACAUGAUCAACGAUCAGGCUUCGGAAAAAUGUGGUUUGCUGAUGGAAGUACAUAUGAAGGAGACUGGAAAAAUGGAAAGCGACAUGGAAAAGGAACAAUGAUCACAAAGAAACAAGAUAAACAUGAAGGGUUUUGGAAAAAUGACCAGAAACAUGGAGAAGGAAAAUUUAGCAUACAUGAAAACGGCCUUGAAUUCACUGGCUUAUGGAUCAACGACAAUUUCUGCUGUGGUUUCCUUGAACUUAAAAAUCCUGACGCACCCUUUCCGAUGAAGCUAAAAAUUCCAAAGUGGACACUCAUGAAACCUGAAGAAGUUAUUACUAAUGCAAAGAAGUAUUAUAUAGAAAAAUCAGUAAUGGAAGCUCAAAAAUAA